AUGAUGAUUCAAGCAUUACUGCUGCUCUGUCUCUUCAAGUCGAGCUGUUUUGAUAACCCUAUACUAGAAGUAGCUGGAAGCUCAGAGAUUCUGAAAGAAGCGCUCUUCCCGAUUUCGUAUUACAUUAUUGGAGGAGUUCUGGCGAUUUGUUUCUUCCUCUGGUUAUUUGUUGGCCUCAUAUAUCAUAUUAAAUUGAAAAACCCUGCAAAGGUAGCUGCGUCUGCCCCAAAAGAAGAUCCUUCGCCGAUCGGAACAGUCGGUAGAAAUGGGAUUUAUUUGAUACCGCACGACGAGUUCUCCCAAACAGUGACAGAGGACUUCGAAAGCUACUCGACUUCUAAGACUUCGGAAGUAAUGCGACGAGUUCGAGAAGUGGGCCACAAGACACCAUUUGGGGACCUGCCACCAGACUACUCCCUCGUCUUGAGAGAAACGCUCUAG